AUGACCGUCCCCAUUGGCCCGGCCCCGCAUCCGUUGGCGGAGCUAUCCCAGCUUGAAUUCGUCAGGGCUCGUGAUGCCAUUCUCAAAAUACACGGUGCCAACCAGCCGCUCUUCUUCCGCGCGAUCUAUCUUCAAGAGCCGGUCAAGGCGGAGUUGCUGCCGUUCCUCGAGGCCGAGCAUGCCGGCCGCCUGACGGCCGCCACCCCUCGUCCCGCCAGAACUGCCUUUGUUGAGUAUGAUGUACUUGAGGCGGGCGCCCAGCUCUUUCACCGUGCUGUAGUCAACGCUGCUACCAGUCAAAUCCUUUCCAAUGACCAAAUUCCACGAAAGAACAAUGGCUUCCCGCACUACAAUGUGAAUGAGUUCGAGCUCUUCGAAGGGUAUUGCCUGAAGUCUGAAAAGGUAAAGGAAGCGCUCAAAGAGUACAGGAUUCCCGAAGGCUUUGAGUAUUGUAUUGACCCUUGGCCAUAUGGUGGUCCUGAUGAGGAUGAUGGCAUACCUAAAUUCAUGCAAGGCCUCAUCUUUAUCCGCGAUGCUCGCAAGAAGAACCCGGAUACCAAUCAUUAUGCGUACCCUAUCCCGUUGAUCCCCGUGAUGGAUUGGUCCACGAAGGAGAUCAUCCGCAUCGAUCGCCUUCCUACUGGUGGUUCUGAAGAUGGGAUGGAACCGUCCAUUGCCUCGGCAGAGCCAAGAAACAUUUUCUCCAAGUCUGUCCCCGCGGAGUAUGUCCCCGAGUUACUUGACAUGCCCGCCGCUAGGGACGAUCUCAAACCACUCAAUGUUGUUCAGCCAGAGGGUGCAUCGUUCAAAGUUCACUCAGACAACCUGAUUGAAUGGCAAAAGUGGCGCUUCCGCCUUUCCAUUAGCCCUCGUGAGGGAGCGGUGCUUCAUGACAUUUGCUAUGACAACCGCUCCGUGCUCUACCGCCUAAGCUACAGCGAACUCACAGUUCCGUACGGUGACCCCCGCGCACCUUUUCACCGAAAGCAGGCUUUUGACUUUGGCGAUGGUGGAAUCGGUCGGGCCGCCAACAGCCUCAAGCUCGGCUGCGACUGUCUGGGAGCCAUCCACUACAUCGAUGCUUGCUUUCCCGCUGCAGACGGGUCGCCUACCAAGUUGGAUUCAGCUAUCUGCCUCCACGAACAAGACGGGGGUAUCCUGUGGAAGCAUACCAACUUCCGCACCAACCGCGGGGUUGUCGCCCGCAUGCGCGAGUUUGUCGUCCAGUUCAUUGGCACACUGGCCAACUAUGAAUACAUCUUCGCCUUUAAGUUCGAUCAGGCCGGUGGCAUCACGGUUGAGACACGCGCUACUGGUAUGGUGAGCAUUGUUGGUAUUGAAGACGGCAAGACGAGCAAAUACGGCAACGUUGUCUCGCCCGGCAUCUUGGCUCAGAACCAUCAGCAUAUUUUUGCCGUGCGCAUUGACCCUGCAAUUGAUCUCUAUGGUGGCGAUAAUAAUGGGCAUACUCAAGUGGUUGUUGAGGAGAGCCACCCUCACAAGAUGAACGCGGAGACCAAUCCGCACGGCAACUACUACGAAGUCCGCCGCAACCCGGUGGAGCGGGCUACUUGGAUCGACUCGGAAGUGCGCCUUAACCGCACCAUCAAGCUGGAAAAUCCAGUCAAGAAGAACCCCAUCUCGGGCAAGAGCGUCGGCUACAAGCUCGUCUCGCCUGCGACUCAGAUGCUGCUGGCGGAUACGGACAGCCGGGUCGCCCAGCGUGCGCGCUUUGCUCAGCACAACUACUGGGUGACUGGGCAUCGAGAUGGUGAGUUCUGGGCUGCAGGCGAAUUCACAAAUCAAAGCACCUUCGAAGAGGGUGGCGUGUCGGAUAUGGUCAAGCGAGGUGAUACCUUUGUCGUGGAUGGUGUGCAGCCCACCAGCCAGACAAGUGCUCCGGUUGUAUGGAGCGUUUUUGGAUUCACACACAAUCCUCGUGUUGAGGAUUGGCCAGUCAUGCCUGUUGAAGUUCAUCAGCUGCACCUGCGUCCGGCUGAUUUCUUCGCUGCGAACCCAGCGCUGGAUGUUCCCACCAAGAAGAACGAUAGCAGUGUGCUCGUGGCAUGUUGCGAUGUAGACGACAAGGCAAAUUGA